GGGGUGGCUGUGGACGUGGUAUACUUGGACAGAGGGGUGGCUCUGGACAUGGUAUACUUGAAUAGAGGGGUGGCUCUGGACAUGGUAUACUUGAAUAGAGGGGUGGUGGUGGACGUGGUAUACUUGGACAGAGGGGUGGCUAUGGAUGUGGUAUACUUGGACAGAGGGGUGGCGGUGAACGUGGUAUACUUGGACAGAGGGCUGGUGGUGGACAUGGUAUACUUGGACAGAGGGGUGGCGGUGGAGAUGGUAUACUUGGACAGUUCCCCACACACGGCUAAUGUGUAAGGUAAAGUCUACAGGCUUGGAAAAAUCUGUAUGUAAAUGGAUAG